AUGGCUGUUCCUAUCCCACCUGAAUCUCGGUUCAUCCCGAACAACGUCAAAGAACCAGAGUAUCUCACGUUCUCGGGUGAUCCAGAAGCUCUCAUUCAUGAAGCGCUAACGCAUGUACUCGUCGACACGCCGCCACUGGCUGAAUACUCGAACGACCAAUGUCGUGGUCUUUUUCGGGGCCCUACAUCUCUCGCCUUUUUGCUACUGAAGCUCAGCGCCCAAUAUCCAUCGAUGCAAGUGCAAGAUCAGUUGCUCAGCCACUGGGCAAGUCUCUAUGCAUCGGCGAAGCGUCCCGGAGAGAACUCCGCCCCUUGCGGUCUAGCUUGCGAGAGCGUUGCACUCUUGGCUGUUAAGACAAUGGUGGACGAGGCCAAUGCUCCCGCGUUUUGCAGUGAGCUUGACCGACUCGUUGCUGAAGAUCAUCCCUUCGAGCUACUGUUUGGCUACGUUGGGCUGCUGUACAUGAUCCGCGCGGUUGAAUCAUGGAGACCUGAAGUCGCAUCCUCUCUGACUCUCGUCAAAGCCCGGAUGGUGGAGAAGACUCUCGGCGCUGGGCCCGCGUGGGUCUUUCGGGGCAAGCGCUACAUCGGCGCCGUGCACGGAGACAUUGGCAUUUUGACCCAGCUCCUGUUGACAGACCCGAAACUUGCUAGCAACUCGAUGAUCAAAAGUUCUCUGAGACGACUGCUAAGUCUCCAGCGGGAAGAUGGCAACUGGACCACCAAAGAUGACGAUGAUAUUCGAUACGAAGGUCUUGUUCAAUUUUGUCAUGGUGCUCCGGGGUUUGUCGACUCUCUAUUGCACAUCCGCCGCCUAUUCCCGGAUAUGCACGACAUCAUGAAUGAAGCCAUUGAACGCGGACAACAGGCAGGUGCUCCCUCUUGGGCCAAGGAGAAGCCAUUUUCUGGCAUGGGCCUUGCCGACGACUAUUGA